AUGAGUUUUGAAGAGGUUGACUUUUUGGACGAGGUAUUUAUGACGGAGCAGAAGCAGUAUUCGGAAGCCUAUUGCAGGGCCUUCCAACUCAGUUCGCAGACCACACCGUCCUCGGAACUCCCUGAUCGCAGCGAUGAACUGCAUUCUUUCUGGAUCCACGGUCUCCAAUAUGGUGCUCAGCUGGGCUCGGAGCUUUACUCCUACAGGGGCUUGGCCGAUGAGGUGGUCGCUUCCUGGACGUUGGGAUCUGUGUCUCCCUCAAUGGAGGAUGUGAACAAGCAUCAUUCCGUCCACAUCGCUCAGCAUCUCUUACACCUCCUUAAUGGCUCUCCUGGACCUCUUUCGCGCUCAUGUCAGGAGUUCAUUAAGCAUCCAACUUUCGAAACUGACCUCUCGCUUAUACGCAGCAAGGCGAAGCAACUUAUGGCUGCGCUUAAAAUUCACACAGCCAGGAAGACUACAAUAAACUAUGACUUUUAA